CCUCGAUUUGAGACAUAGUCACAAGAGAAGUAAACAUUGUAACAGAAAGAUCGUAAUAAGUUUCAAAUAGAAAUUAUUCUAGUCUGAAAAUGAAGUUUAAAUUCAAAGAAGAACAUACACUGGAUCACAGAAAAGCUGAGUCAUCAAAAAUAAAAACCAAAUACCCAGAAAGAAUACCUGUGAUAGUUGAAAAAGAUCCCAAGUCUCAAAUUCAACAGAUAGAUAAGAGGAAAUUCCUAGUGCCAAAUGAUAUAUCUGUCGCUCAGUUUAUGUGGAUAAUUCGCAAACGAAUUUGUAUACCCUCAGAAAAGGCAAUUUUUCUAUUUGUAGGAAAAGUAUUGCCACAAACCAGUGCAAGUAUGGGCCAAGUUUAUGAAGACCAUAAAAGUGAUGAUGGAUUCCUCUAUAUAGCUUACAGCGGUGAAAACACAUUCGGAUCUUAAAGAUUAAUUUGUUGAUAAUUUUGUUAAGUCCUCAGUAUUUUGUCAUGUAUUAAGUUUUUUUGCAUUCUCAGUUAUGUUUUGUCAUUGUGUUUUGUAAAACAUCAAGUCUGGAAAUUAAAGACUGAUUGAAAUAAUGUGAUAGAUUCUGUCAAACUUAAACCGAUGAUCAAAUAUUACAACAAUUUAUUCUAAACUUUCAUAAAAUGCAGAGAUUGUCUGGAAAUGAAAGUUAGUAAAAAUUUAUGAUAAAUCAUCAUUUAAGGGCCAUCUUGAUAUAAUAUUGAUUUGUCUAUCAGUAGUUUAUAUAGCUUAUCAAAUAUAUUUUUUUUUUUGAUAUUACAGUUUCCCGAUUUUCUUAGAAUUCAAUAUUUAACACUUUAGAAUUAUUUCUCUACAUUUGAGUGUUUUGAAAUUAGACUAGUCAUAUAACAUAGGUAUAUAUCUCCUCUGCAUAUUAGAUGUGAAACCAAGAGAUGACUGGAAUAUUAUUUGUAAUUUUAACCAAAUCAAGAUAUUAUCUACAAAUCAAAAUCGCAACCAUUCCAGAAUGAACCCAAAAUUUUUAAAGUUUCUCUUAGUGUUUUUUGUGUUAUUUUUUCAUCAAGGAAAAUUUGUAUUUGCCUUUGUGUAUUAAGUUACUUAAGGGUUGUGAACUUUCCUCUUUUUUUCUUGCUGUGGAAAUGUAAACAGACAAUAUUGCUCAAGAUCAACAUUUAAUGCUGGUAUUAUUUUAUGUGUUAUUUAAGUUUCAUGUAUGUAAGACAAAAAUUCGUCUAUAGGAAAAUCUUUUGCGAUGUAUUUGUAUUACAAUGGAAUACUUCCAAGCCAGUGAUUCCCAACCUUUUUCUGCCUUAACACCCCUGGAGUAAUCGUUUGAUCAUGAUUUGAACCCCUCACACCCCCAAAACAAUGUAUAAUUUAGAAUUUUUAUUCAAAAUAAUCAUACUAAUCACACAUAAUAAUUUAUAUAUAAUCAUACGGCCGUAAUAAGAUGCUCAGUGCUGUUUUCUUUGGAACCAUAUAAUAUCUCUCAAAAAAAAACUUCUCUUGAAACAGUUGUCCACACCCCUGACACCCCAGUCCCCACCCCCAGGAGGUGAAAACACUCAAGGUUGUUCAGUAUUCUAUGUUAAAACUAUAUGAUUAUUUUAAACUGUUUAUGAUGUGUCUCGUAACAAUCAAUACAGUCAAAUGUUUUCCAUUUUUAAGAACUGUAAACGGUUAUAGUCUCAUUGACCUUAACUACCAGCUAUUUGAUGAUCAAAAUUUUUGAUGUAUGAAACAUAUUUUACAAAGAAAAUCGAUAAUCAUAAACAUGAUAUUGAAACUGACACAAAUGAUGGUAUUAGUGACGUUGAUUAUUUAUGUCUUUAUUGUGUGAAAUUUAAUAAUGUCUGACUGGUUAUAGAUGUCAGCUAUGCCAGUUUUCUGUGUCUAUCUUUAUUUCUUGUCUUUUCAGUUUAAUUUAUCCUUUUCUAUCACUCUCUUUCUUUCAUAUUCUUGUGAAUUUCUUGUUCCAUGUGUUUGAACAAUAACUAAAUGAGAUCAUUUUUUUUUAAAUAUUUAUUGCUGGGUAUAAUGCAAAAUGAUACUGUUAUCCACUUUGAAGAAGACUUUUACUCAAAGGAUUGAAUGGUACAACUUAUUUCUGUACACCAGUAUUUAACUGCUUAUUAUUUCAAGAAGAAAAAUGUCUUUCAAGUAACAGUUAUGUUGAAAUAAACUUACUUCAAUGCCA